AUGGAGGAGGAAUUGCAGGCAUUGGAACAUAAUCAGAUUUGGGAACUUGUUCCAUUGCCACCUGGGAAAUCUGCUAUAGGUUGUCGAUGGGUUUAUGUUGUCAAGGUUAAUGCAGAUGGCUCUCUUGCUCGCCUUAAAGCCCGUCUGAUCAACACAGGCAGAAUUUUCCUUAUCGUGUAUGUGGAUGAUAUAGUGAUUAUUGGAGAUGACUCUGAAGGAUUUAAGAGUUUGAAGUCUCAUUUACAACAAAGGUUUCAAACUACGGAUUUGGGGAAGUUAAACUAUUUCCUAGGUGUUGAAGUGGCUCAGUCGAGGAAGGGUAUAUCCCUAUCACAUUGGAAGUAUACUCUUGACCUGCUUACAGAAAUUGGGAUGCUAGGGUGUAGACCUCUUGAUAACCUGAUGGAUCCUAAUGUCAAACUUGUUGCUGAAGAGGCAGAUGUUCUUGAUGAUCCAGAGAAGUAUAGUAGGCUUGUUGGGAAGCUCAACUAUUUGACUUUCACCAGACCCGAUAUUGCUUUCCCGAUAAGUGUUGUAAGCCAAUUCUUGUCAUCUCCUCGGACUCCUCAUUGGGAUGUUGUUAUACGAAUCUUGAGAUACCUCAAAAAGGCUCCACGGUGUGGAUUAGUAUAUGCUAGUCAUGAACAUGGGAGAGUUGAAGGGUUCUUAGAUGAAAAUUGGGCUGGGUUGCUUGUUGAUAGGAGAUCAACUAUAGGUUAUUGUGUGUAUGUGGGAGGUAACCUUGUCUAA